AUGCUGUCCGCUAUCGCUAUCGCACUCGAGGCUACGUAUUUGCUACCGGUACCUAGUGGACCAAGAGGCAAGUACGGGCUUUCGAAAUACACCUUACCCGUGUCCAGGACUCGCAUCCAUGUCGCGAAUACAACGGCCUCAUCCCUGCUGUCCGCAUCCCAAGGUGAAGGCAAGACCGCAAACGACAUCAUGGCGGUGGCCUCCACGGAGGACCAUGUCUAUUUGAUGAGUAUUGACAAGGCAAUCCACCUUACCGUCAGUCCAAAGCCAGCACUCCACGUCAUGAAUCGGGCUUGA